AUGGUGGAUUUUGAAAAACAGAGGGUUGACUCGGAUGUGAAAAGGAUUUCACUAUCCAGUUAUGAUGUUGAAUUACGUUCUCAGGAUUCAUUGGAUAGUGAUAAUCCGUUUAGUGAUCCCCUGAUCGCCGAAUAUUAUCGUGCACUAUAUGAAGAAAGCAAAUACGAGAGUAGAAGCGCAUUUGAUCCGGCGUUCACAUGGACAAAGGAAGAGGAGAAGAAAUUGCUUUGGAAGUUGAACUUCAGAGUUGCAUUUGUGGCAUGUUUUUUGUUUAUUGCUCUUCAAUUGGACCGUGGUAAUUUAUCUCAGGCAGUGGCCGACAAUCUUCUUGAAGAUUUACACAUGGAUACCAAUGACUUUAAUUUGGGUAACCAAUUGUUCUACCUCUCCUUUUUCCUUGCAGAAUUGCCUUCUCAGUUGAUUUCCAAAAGAUUGGGUCCUGAUAUUUUCAUUCCCAUUCAAAUUUGUGCUUGGUCCGUCGUUGCCAUGGCGCAGGCUGCUAUGCAUAAUAAAGCAGGGUUUUUGAUCUGCAGAUGUUUGAUUGGAGCUCUCGAGGGUGGAUUUAUUGCUGACCUUGUUUUAUGGCUAACUUACUUCUUCACUAGUAAAGAACUUUCAAUCAGGUUAUCAUGGUUCUGGACUAGUUUAUCAAUCGUUCAAGUUGUGAGUGCUUUACUGGCGUACGGUAUUUUAAGAAUGAGAGGCAUCGGUGGUCUUGCUGGAUGGCAAUACUUGUUCUUGCUAGAAGGAAUUUUAACCUUCCUCAUUGGUCUUUCCGGUUUUUAUCUAAUGGUCCCUGGCGCCGUCCAAACGAAAAAUUGGAUGCAUCCAAAGGGGUGGUUCACAGAAAGAGAGGAAAAGAUUGUUGUUAACAGAGUUCUUAGAGAUGAUCCAUCUAAAGGUGACAUGCAUAAUAGACAACCGAUCUCUUUCAAGUUGCUGUGGAGUGCUAUCUCUGAUUAUGAUCUAUGGCCAAUUUACUUGAUUGGGUUGAUUGCUUAUGUCCCAAUGAACACUGUAUCGACAUAUCUAACAUUAACACUAAAAUCUGUGGGAUUCAGCACUUUGAAUGUGCAGCUACUUUCUAUUCCAUACCAAGUUAUCCACAUUACUCUUCUCAUUGGAGUUACUUGGUACGCAGAAAGAAUUGACCAAAGAGCGUACAUGGGAGUUAUCGCUUCGAUUUGGAAUGCCUUGUUCCUUGGUGUUCUAAGAUGGUGGAAGGGAUCCCUAGUUGAGGCAUGGCCUACAUUCGCGUUGUGUACAUUAUUACUGGGUGGUCCAUACGUGCAUGCAAUCUGUGUUAGUUGGGUCUCUAGAAACUCCAAUUCUAUCAAAACUAGAGCUUUGAGUUCUGCAUUGUAUAAUAUGGCCGUUCAAGUAGGUGCAAUUUAUUCCACUCAAAUCUACAGAAAAAAUGAUGCACCGUUGUAUCAUACCGGUAACACCGUUCUAUUUGCGAUAUCCAUUGCAGGUAUUCCGGUUUUCCUCUUUGCGAAAUGGUAUUACCGCACAAGAAACAAGCGAAAGGAAGCUAUCUGGAGCCAAAUGUCCGAGGACGAACGUGUCGAAUAUAUCCAAACGACCAGCGACCAAGCAAAUAAAAGAUUAGAUUUUAGAUUUGCUGAGUGA